UGAGAUCAUGGGCCGCGCAAACUCCAAGCUUCCGAGCUUCUGCCUCAGCCGCAUGGCGACUCGGAUCAGAGUCCGUUCACCGCCGGUGGACUCCAACCCGGUUCCGGCGGCCGACGGAGAAGCCAAGAAAGUCGAAAACGGCGGCAAGGCGACGGAGGAACGGCGGCGAGUCAUGGUGGCGGUUGACUCGAGCACGGAGGCGAAGAGUGCUCUGCUUUGGGCUCUGUCUCAUGCUGUGCAGAGCAAUGACAGCCUUGUUUUGCUAAAAGUUUCAAAGCCUGCAUCCAAGCAAGGAGGAGAUCAGUGUCCACAGGGGAGAGAUCCAAAGGGUUAUGAGAUUCUACAGAGCAUGAAAAGCAUUUGUCAAUCUAAAAAACCAGAGGUAGCAGUGGAGCUGUGUCAGGUUGAAGGAAAAGAUCGAGGGCCGGCGAUCGUGGAGGAAGCGAGGAAGCAGGGGGUAUCCCUGCUUGUUUUAGGGCAGAAGAAGAGAUCCAUAACAUGGAGGCUGCUAAUGGUGUGGGCUCAUGGCUGGGGGAGUAGAAUGGCCUCAGGUGGAGUUGUGGAUUACUGUGUGCAAAACUCUCCAUGCAUGACUUUGGCUGUGAGAAGGAAGAGCAGAAGAGGUGGUGGGUUUCUGAUCACUACAAGAAGACACAAGGAUUUCUGGCUUUUGGCUUGAGUUUUUUGCCUUCUAUUUUGUUUUAGGAAGAUUUACAUAUAUACCGCUCAAUUCAUAUAUAUUUACAUAUCUAACAUUGUACAUACCAUAUUGUUUAUGCAUGGAAAGGUGUAUUUCAAGUUUUGAAGUUUGAAAUGGUGGUAUUUGUAAUGUGAUAUGAAA